AAAAAAAACCCUUAUGAAAUGAUUUGUGACCUAAAUACGUUGACCUGAUGUGACAUUGUCCUGAUUUUUUCAGAGAAUCAGAAAUGAGGAACUCUAUACUGGCCCAGGUUCUUGACCAGUCUGCCCGUGCCAGACUAAGUAAUCUUGCUUUGGUGAAGCCAGAAAAGGCCAAGGCGGUUGAAAACUAUCUCAUUCAAAUGGCUCACAUGGGGAGUUUAGGAGGAAAGAUUUCAGAGACGGGCUUAAUUGAAAUCCUUGAAAAAGUGAGCCAGCAAACAGAGAAAAAGACGACGGUUAAAUUUAACAGACGGAAGGUCAUGGACUCAGACGAAGAAGACGACGACUAAAAUCGAAUUGGAAUUACCGGAAGAAAAAAAAAUCGGGAUAUGCUGCACUUGGACUUUCCUAGAAUCUCUGCCAGUUUAUUCCUAAGAGCUGAUUGUUGGGAUGCUGGACAGAUAUUACUUGUUUCUGGAAUUGAUAUGUCAAAUGUAAAAAAAAAA